GUCGAACGUAGUAGUUGAAUUGUUUUGUUGAUUUGAUACAAAAUUAAUAACUGGAAUAAUAAUUUGUUUCUUGUUUAAAGUAUAUUUUAUUAUUAAAAAUGACUUCUGCUCUUUAUUUAGAACAUUAUUUAGACAGUUUGGAACAUUUACCAGUAGAAUUACAACGCAAUUUUAAAUUAAUGAGAGAUUUAGAUUCCCGGGCGCAGGGAAUCAUGAAAAACAUCGAUGCUCUGGCCGAUGAGUACCUUAGAAAUCAAAAAUCUCUUACAUCAGAUCAAAAAAAGGAACAAUUAGAUAAAAUUCAAGACCUUUUUAAUAAAGCUAAGGAAUAUGGAGAUGAUAAAGUACAAUUAGCAAUACAAACUUAUGAAUUAGUAGAUAAACAUAUUCGUAGACUAGACAAUGACUUAUCAAGGUUCGAAACAGAAAUCCAGGAUAAAGCGUUGAAUUCCAGAAAUCAAGAAGAGCCUUCAGUGGGAAAACGAGGUAGAAAGAAAAUUAAAGACGGGAAAACCGAGAAGAAAAAGCGGCUCGGUAAUUCAAGCGAAGAAGACUCUACGGGCACCGUCAAAGGAACUAAGAAAAAGAAACAGAAAGGCGCCAGCUCGGGGAUUAUAUCCGGUGGUAUCGCAGGCAGCGGAACCAAUGCUGCCGCAGGUGAGGUUGCAGAAGCAGUAGCAGCAGUACUUCCAGGCUUAGCAGGAAUCGCUCAUCCCAGUGAUGUUUUAGACAUGCCAGUAGAUCCAAAUGAGCCGACCUAUUGUUUGUGCCAUCAAGUUUCUUACGGGGAAAUGAUUGGUUGUGAUAAUCCUGAUUGCCCGAUUGAAUGGUUUCAUUUUGCGUGUGUGGGUCUUACAACCAAGCCAAAAGGAAAGUGGUAUUGUCCGAAAUGUACGCAAGAUCGGAAAAAGAAAUAAUUUUUAGGGAAACAUUUUGUUGUGGAGAUUAUACAUAUAGCGUAUAAGUUGUUUUAAAAUGAUUGAGUAUGAUCUAUUUUUAGUUGGAAAUAAUUCAUUUUAGGAAUUAUUUAUUUUAAAUGAGAUAAGUUAGUGUUAAUUUUUUGUAUAAAUACAUUUUUUUAGUAAAUCUUGUUUUUUU